UCAAUCUUGAAUGUGAGAUUUUAUUCACCAUUUAAUUUGACAAAUUGCCUCAAAAAUCCGUGAAACCUAAGUCCUUUCCCCUUCCAAAAGUUUUGUACCCAAGAUCUUGAUGGCCGUAUUUUCUUUCUCUCUGCUAUUGAUGUUUCACAAACAUUUAUGUAUGCCAUUCCUCUAACACAUUCUACAUACCUUUUUCAUUUCUCUAUUCCUAUAUCUCAAUCCACAGGCCCUCCUGAUUUUCCUAGAGGCCAACUUUCUUGAUUCUUUAUUAAUUCUCUGGUUGAUCGAUGUGAAAUAAUCAAUCUUUUCAGUUUGUUGAUUGAUUAUUUCAUGAGAAUAUAUCACAAUGAAGAAUUCAAGAAAGAGCAAAAUGACGAAGGAAGAAAGCAUCCAUCAAAAACAUGAGUUUGGGAGGCUACAAUCUGAUAAUACAACAAAUGAAGAUGACUAUUCUUUUCGAAUAAGCCACACAUCAGAAACUAGUCAUACAAAUUAUGAUCGUCCUCCUCGAUUAAGUACCGAUUAUAACUCUCCUCUCUCUACAUCUCCGACAUGGGAUCCAUCAUCAUCUCCGCAGCAUACAUCACCAUUAUCAAAAUCUCCAUGGACAUCUCAUGUCGAGAAUAGUAGUACUAAUUAUUCCUACACAGGACUCAUGGGGUCACUUGUUCGCGAAGAAGGUCAUAUAUACUCUUUGGCAGCUUCAGGGGAUUUGUUAUAUACGGGAUCUGAUAGUAAGAAUAUAAGGGUGUGGAAAAAUCACAAAGAAUUUUCGGGAUUCAAAUCAAAUAGCGGAUUGGUUAAAGCAAUUAUUAUUGCUGGAGAGAAAAUUUUCACGGGUCAUCAAGACGGAAAGGUUCGGGUCUGGAAGGUUUCUAGCAAGGAUCCAAGCGUGUACAAACGAAUUGGAACUUUACCAACUUUAGCUGCAUUUAUAAAGAGUUCAAUGAAACCAAGCAAUUAUAUAGAAACAAGGCGAAAUCGAAAUGCUGUUUGGAUAAAGCAUUUUGAUGCCAUUUCAUGCCUUAGCAUGAGCGAAGACCAAAAGCUUUUGUAUUCAGCAUCUUGGGAUAAAACCAUAAAGGUUUGGAGAGCAUCAGAUUCGAAAUGUUUGGAAUCGAUAAAAGCCCACGAUGAUGCUGUAAAUUCCAUCGUCGUAGGCUUUAACGGGCUACUAUUUUCUGGUUCAGCUGAUGGAACAGUAAAAAUAUGGAGAAAAGAAUCACAAGGGAAGGGAACAAAACACUUCUUUUCACAAACAUUGUUGAAACAAGAAUGCGCUGUAACAGCCUUAGCUGUUGACCCUUUGUCGAAUUUCCUCUAUUGUGGCUCCUCAGAUGGGCUAGUCAAUUUUUGGCAACGCGACAAGUUACUAUCUCAUAAAGGAGUUUUAAGGGGUCAUAAACUUGCAACACUAUGUUUAGCAGCCGCGGGGAAUUUGGUUUUCAGCGGAUCAGCUGAUAAUAAUAUUUGCGUGUGGAAAAGGGAUGCAGGAGAACAUGUACGUUUAUCAGUGUUGAGCGGACAUUCUGGCCCGGUUAAAUGCUUGGCUGUUGAAGAGGAUCAAGAACAAUCAGGUGGUGAUAAACAAUUUAUUGUUUACAGCGGCAGCCUCGAUAAGUCAGUGAAGAUCUGGAGAGUAUCAUCGCAGUUCAUGCCAAACCAGGCCGAAGUGGGGACGAGUCCACCACAAAAUUUUCCUUCAGCUAGUAGGAGAAAAUAGCAAUGGUGAGAAAAUGGAAAACGCAAUGGAGAAAAGGACAUUUUUCUUUUGACAAUUGUGUAGAGGCAGCUAGCAUUGGAGAUUGACCAAGUAAAAAUUCUUCCAUCUUUUGCUUGCUUUGCUGAGAAAUUUGUAAAUGAAGACUUAAUUGUAUUUUCACCUAUUGGAGUUCGAUACAUACAAAUGUCAACCACGGUUGAUGUAUUUGAAUUGCUGUUGUUGCUAUACGAACAUUAACAACAAAGUAUCAACCGAUGAAUUAUCUACGGUAUUAUGUAGUAACGCGAUCGUCUUCAUUUCUCUCAUGUGUAAUUUGGCUGAAAUCUCUUAAUUAAAUUUGAACAAAGUAA